AUGGCUUCCAACACGGGCAAGGCUGGAGUAAUCGUGGCCCCAGACGAUAGUGGCAGUAUGGACAAGCUUGCACAUGCCGUUCUUGACGACCUCAUGUACAACAUCGUCCAUGAUCUGCUGCUCAAGGUCCAUCGCGACGAGAAGAUGGCGAGAGCCACCACCGCCGCUAUACGUGUCGAGAAGCUGGCUUCCGACGCAUCAGAGAGCUCGACCCCGGAAGCAAAACCAGACAUCCGAAUCGAGACCGAUGCUGCCAUAUACGAGGACGGCAAAGUUCUGCUCAAGGGCAAUCCCCUCAAGACCACCUCCGAGAUCGUCUGCCCGAGAUGCCACCUGCCGCGGUUGCUCUACCCGACCGACGGCAAGGGCGCGAGAAAGCCCGAUCCCAGCGUCAUCUACUGCAAAAAGCAUCCCUACAUCGACAAACCCGGCUACGACAUUUACGGCCAAACAUGGGUUCAGCCCGGCCCCGGCCGAGGCAAGAAGAAGAAGGACAUGAAGCCCGACCCCAACAUUGAGUCGCCCGCCCCCGGUGAAUCGCGCCCGCCCAAUGUUCUCUCAUUCCCCUCUGCAACCUGCAGCAAAUGCAAGCGAUGCAUUCUCGUCACACGACUCAACAACCACAUGGGCUCCUGUAUAGGAAUGAGCGGUCGUAAUGCGAGUCGCGCGGCGGCGGCCAAGAUCUCCAACGGCAGCAACGGUGCCAGCCAGCCUGAUGGCACGCCCCCGUCAAGUCAAAAGGCCACGCCGGCACCCGCGUCGCGGGCCUCGAGCCCCAAGAAGCGUGACAGCGAGGAGAUAGCGGCGCCCGAGGAGGAAGACGAAUCGGCCGACGGCCACAAGAAAAAGAAGCUCAAGUCAACGCCCUUGAUGACGAAGAAGGUCAUUCUUAAGACAAAGGGCCCCAAGAAGGAAAGGGUCAAGUCCAGCUCCCUGCUAAGCCGCGAGGCAAGACCUGACGACGGCGACAACUCGACCGUCGAGGUCGCGCCGAAGAAGGAGAGAAAAGAGGCCAAAGGUAUCAACCCGGCUAAAAAACUUAAGCUCGGCGCCGCUAAGCCGCCGCUAUCGUCGCCGCUCUCCAAGAACGGGCGGAACGAAGACGCUGAAUCCGAGUCGUCUGGCACCCUGUCUUCGCCGCCAAACUAG